UUGGGAGUGUGGCUGUUAUAAGGGCUUGUAAGAGACACUGCAUUAACAACAGCUGUCAAACUCACGGGAUCCUGCCCCCCGGAUCAGUGGGAGCGUCCCUGAAGUCUCUACUGCGCAUGACAGAGAGCUGGACAGCUCCAGAGAGGGAAAUUUAAAAACGGUUUUGGAGAAUAGAGUGCAAUACAGUACAGGGGCUCAGCAGCGACUCUCACAUUCUUCAGUAUCAACCAAAAACAGACUAUUUUACUGCAGAGAUACUACAUAUCCCAGGAAAUGAUAGAAGGCGGAAUAACUUCCAGGAUGUCAGGAAUAACUGAGAAUGCAGGACAUCAUCCAUCUCCACAGGAUUACAGGCUUCUGACCACGGACCCCUCCCAACUGAGGGAGGAGGACCUCCCUGGGGAUCUGCAGUCUCUAUCAUGGCUCACCUCUGUGGAUGUGCCCCGGCUGCAGCAGAUGGCUGAUAGCAGAGGCCACAGCAAUGGGCCCUCCCAGGGCAGCUUGCUCGAGCAACAGACAGCUCAGCUGAGCAACAUGACUAUGACCACAAGUCAGGGCUCCAUGCUCCACCUUCAGAGUAACAUGCAGCACAGCCCUCUGGGAAUCAACAUCAUCAACACCCACAGUGGAAAUAUGUCUCCAUUCUCAAUGAAUGGGCUGCCUUCUCCAGGAUACCAGUGCCCUACCUCAGUAUACCAACCCACAUCUCAGCAGGUGUACUCUAUAACCCAAACUGGACAGCAGUGUACAACUGGUGGGCUUUAUAGCAAUGUCUCUUUCAACAACCAAAGUUUAUUUGCACAACCUCGCCUGGCUCCACAAGAACAGGAGCUGCAGCCGAAAUCUUUCCCCAAGCCAAUCUACUCCUACAGCUGUUUAAUUGCCAUGGCUCUGAAAAACAGCAAAACUGGCAGCCUCCCAGUCAGUGAGAUCUAUAGCUUUAUGAAGGAACACUUUCCUUAUUUUAAGACUGCACCUGAUGGAUGGAAGAAUUCAGUCAGACACAACCUCUCCUUAAACAAAUGCUUUGAGAAGGUGGAGAACAAGACAAGCAGCUCCUCCCGUAAGGGCUGUUUAUGGGCACUGAACCCUGCCAAAAUUGACAAGAUGGAAGAAGAGAUGCAGAAGUGGAAACGCAAGGACCUCCCAGCCAUUCGGCGCAGCAUGGCUAACCCUGAUGAGUUGGACAAACUGAUCACAGAUCGCCCAGAGAACUGCAGACGAAAGGCUUUAGAGCCGGGCAUGACCCGGCUGACCAGCUGUCCAACUGGCCUCCCACUGCCGGUCCCAGCCCAGAUGCAACCUCAGCCUAUAGUCACGCUGUCUCUGCCAUGUUUACCCAUGCACCAGCAUCAUCAGCUUCAGGCCCAGCUUCAGGCUCAGGCUCGAUUGGCCCCCAUGUCCCCUGCCCCAGCGCAGACUCCCCCUCUUCACACAGUCCCUGACCUAUCCCACAGUCCGCUCACCCAACAGCCCAGCAAACCCCCCGAUGAUUUCUACAGUAUGCAAGGUGACACGCACACAGAGGUGGAUGCUCUGGACCCAAGCAUCAUGGACUUUGCCCUGCAAGGUAAUCUUUGGGAAGAAAUGAAGGACGACAGCUUUAACCUAGAUGCUUUAGGCACCUUCAGUAACUCACCUCUCCGACUAUCAGACUGUGACUUGGGAACAGCCAACCUCCCUCCUGCCUCCAGUGGAGCAAACCUGCCGCUGUCAGACAUGCAGGUGACAGGGCUCUACACCUCCUACGCUUCCCAGGAUGCCCUGUCUUCCCAGUACAUGAGUGCACCAGCUAACAGCAAGCCUAUUGCCCUGCUCUGAACCAGCCAAACUCUUUGACAUCUCUGGACAGCUCUAGAAGAAGCCUGAUAUCAAAGCCUAAAUGCUGAUUUCCUUUGUCCUACUGAAAGUAAAAGAGCUAAAAACCUGGAGAACCGCUUGAAGAAAUGUGUUGAAAAUCAUUCCACAGGCAGUCCACAGGAAAAGCUCACUAAGAACUAAAACUCCUGAUAAAGAGACAACUGUAAGAAAGAGAGAGCAAGACUUCCAAGUAUCUAGCUUUGCCAAGCGAAGACUCACAGCCUGUAUGAGAACAAUGACUGUGUGGAGAAUUACAUGAGUGUUAGUAUACACCAGUUUUUCUACUGUUCACUUUGCAUUUUAAAGCCUUUCCAUAAAUGUAGCUCCCCCCUUUUCUCUUGCCUGUUGUAUUGUGCUAGACAUUUUUGCUGUGAUGUUUUAUUUAUAUUUAUAAAAAGACAGCUGGAGAAAGUAAUGACUCUAUCAAUCUUUUCCUGUAUAUAUUUGAAUGUUCCAAACUGCUAUCGCCACAGAAAAGCUUUUUGACUGCAUUUACCCGCCUCAUUGCCAAAUGCGAAGGUCUGGCAACGCUUCUGAUAAUCCAGAGUUUACACAUUAUCCUUUUACACGCCGAUUAACAUUUCUGAAGGUCUGAUGCAUAUUACAUUCACUAAUAAAAGUCAAAUGGGUAAAUAAAAAAAAAAAGU